AUCAUCCCAACGGUCACAAAAGAAACUCUCUCAUCUGCAUCCCAUCUCAACCUCCAUCCAAUGGCGGUUCUCCACUGCAACCCCGACCUCUUCCUCUCCCCCUCCCCCUCAUUCUCUUCGCGCCAAAACCAUCCCCGAAACCCUAAAUUUCCAAAGGUCAGCAAAUCGAAACCCUUCCCUCUCCUCUGCUUCUCCUCCUCCUCCUCCUCCUCUCGAGCCCCCGAUGGAUCUUCUUCUCCGGAAGAAGCUCCCGAGACGAGGAUUUCGAAGCAAUCCUCGUGGGAAUCGAAGGACUCGGAGGGGAACGAUUACUUGUAUCGCCUCGGAAAGGAGUCGGAUAACAUGAACAUCGCAGUAGGGGCUCGGCAAGGCGUGAUUGAUGAUCUCUUUGUGGGACAGUUCCUUGGGAAGGAUUCGGAUAUCGUGUUUGAUUACCGGCAGAAGGCGACGCGGUCGUUCGAGUAUCUCGAGGGCGAUUACUACAUAGCCCCCGUUUUUCUUGAUAAAAUUGCAUGCCACAUUGUGAAGAACUAUAUUGCUCAUCUUCUCAACAUUAAGGUUCCUCUAAUAUUAGGUAUAUGGGGAGGAAAAGGACAAGGGAAAACAUUUCAAACUGAGCUUAUUUUUCGAGUGAUGGGAAUUGAACCAGUAAUUAUGUCUGCCGGGGAGCUUGAAUCUGAGAAAGCAGGAGAACCGGGAAGGCUCAUACGUGACCGGUAUAGAACAGCCUCACAAGUGAUUCAAAACCAAGGAAAGAUGAGCUGUUUGAUGAUCAAUGAUAUUGAUGCUGGGCUGGGAAGAUUUGGAAACACACAAAUGACAGUAAAUAACCAAAUUGUUGUUGGAACCCUGAUGAAUCUGUCAGAUAAUCCUACUAGAGUAAGCAUUGGGCAGAAGUGGAGAGAAUCAGAUGUCACACAUAGAGUACCCAUCAUAGUAACUGGAAACGAUUUCUCAACUCUUUAUGCUCCUUUGAUUCGUGAUGGACGGAUGGAGAAAUUCUAUUGGCAGCCAGACCGUGAGGACAUUAUUAACAUUGUUAACCAUAUGUAUGUUAAAGAUGAAAUAUCCAGAGAGGAAGUCAUAAGAGUCGUGGACACUUUUCCCAACCAAGCUUUGGAUUUCUAUGGAGCUCUGAGGUCUAAAACAUAUGAUCAGGCAAUUUUAAAGUGGGUAACUGAUAUGGGUGGAUUUGAAAAACUUGGUGAAAAACUUCUCGACAAAAGAAAGAAAGGCAAACUUCCUACUUUUAGUCCUCCCAAGCAAACAGUGAAGGCAUUACUUGAAUCGGGGCAUUCUCUAGUCAAGGAGCAGCAGUUGAUUAAUAGUUCCAGAUUAUCAAAAGAAUACAUGAAGAAUAUAGAUGACUAGCGAACCCCUCGGCGAAAUUUUUUGCGAAAUUUAUGAAGGGUGUGCUAUCUCAAUUUUUUGGCUAUCUUUUUGCAUGGUUGGUUAAAAAAAGGAAGGGUGAGAUGGUCACAAAUUAUAAACAUUACGUAGUAUGUAAAUGAAUUUUUUUACUUUGCCUGCUACUUGUGACAGCAUCUCAGUAUGCAUUAUGGUAUUGUUAUCUUUUCUUGCUUUCUCUAUAGUCCUUGUUUAGCUUUUCGGUUAACUACUACUACCCCCAAUAUAUAAGUGAAUUAUUCCA